AUGCCUAUCCAAUACCAGAAAGCUGACGGGUCCCAUUGUGAGUAUCGUACAAACUUUGAUGGAGAGGUGGAGCAACCAUCGACGAAGGAGUCGGAGCAUGAUGAGAACAGUGGUCUCCAUCAGCGUGAUGAACUUGAUGGUCGUCCUAGAGCAGUUGAUGUUGCAAGCUUCCCGCUAGGAUGGUCUUUGGCUACUAGGCUGAUCCCAUCUGGUGCUGUGAAGCGAGAAUAUGACAUGUCAGCCAGCAGGCCGGGGUUGCCCCUUUAUAUAGUACGCCAUGAGGCUAUCAAGUUUUUCCAAGUGCUGAUGUCAAGUGAAACCCCUUAUUUCAAGUCUAUUGGCGAGGGUUGGGCCCUUAAUGGCUUCAUGUAUUGUCUCACCGAGGACGAUGAUGUUGGUGUAGUUGUCCGGCAAGUGGAGGACUCGUCCACGUGCGGAGAUACAGCCCGAAUCAUGCUGAGUGUUGUUACCAGAGAUUCCGAGACGGAGAGCGGAAGUUCGGGUAGAAUAUCUGCAGCCAUCGAGGCAUGGGACUAUGCUCUGAGGCAGCUCGUCAACGGAGCAAGUGCACAGACGGUUCGCUCUCUGCGUAAUGGUCUAUUCCGUAGCUACCUGGACCAAUAUUACUUCGCUGGUUUACCGAUGAGCUAUCUCCCAUCAUGGACAAAGCUGAGUCGACCACCUCCCUCGGAUAGGCUUGAGUAUCUCACUACUCAAUGAUAUGCAGACUGUUGGCUUACCCUUACACUCGUCAAGCCUGGUUUGGAUGCAGUCUAGCUUGUUGGAGUGUAAUCGGUGAAGUAUCCAGCUACGAUGAGUGCGAGGUGUGGUAUGUAGCAUACUCCAGCCA